ACACCCUUCGAGGCAUACUAUGGCCGCAAACCCGACCUAUCUAAUCUCCGCAAAAUUGGUUGCCGAGCGAUUGUCCUCAUUCAAAACCAAUACAAUCCUAAGGUCAAUGCCCGCUCCCUCGAAUGCAUCCUCAUCGGUUACAGCCAGAACUCAAAAGUGUAUUGA